CAAACCGCGAGGCUCCUGUUGCCUGGACCUAGAGUAAACCAUUCGAACCACGUGUGGCGGGAAGCCGGUAGAAAGUUUAAAUUCGUAGACUCCCAACGGAUAACGCGGAUUUUCGUUCGCUCUCGUAUGCUCCUCCGCAUCUUGAAUCCCCCAAUAGAACGAGCCAUGGCGUUUUCUUCUACCACGAUUUCUCCAGUUUCCACCGUAAAUCCCCAACAUCUGCCUUUCGUUCUCCACAGGCUAGAAUCCUGCAAAUCCAUGGAUGAGCUCAAGCAAAUUCACGCCUCCGUCGUCAAGACCAGACUCCUCCAAACCCAACUCGUCCUCAGCAAAAUCCUCUCUUUCUGCGCUCUCUCCCCCUCCGGAAACCUCGACUAUGCCCGCUCCGUCUUCACCCACAUCGAAAACCCGAAUCUGUACCUCUACAAUGCGAUCAUCCGAGGCGUCUCGCAUUGCAAGAGAAACCCGGAAGAUUCCAUAUUGUUUUAUCGAGAAAUGUUCGACAAGGGGCUGUUUCCUGACAACUUCACCCUCCCUUUUCUUUUCAAGGCCUGUGCGCAGUCUCAGGCGUUGAGAGAAGGGGAGGAGAUCCAUGUCCAUGCGAUUAAGGCCGGGCUUGAAUCGGAUGUGUAUGUGAAGAAUACUUUGAUGAGGAUGUAUGCUGUUUGUGGAGAAAUCACCGCUGCGCAGAAGCUGUUCGAUAGGAUUCCUGGUCGGGAUUUAGUUUCUUGGACUACAUUGAUUUCUGGGUAUGCCAAGUUGGGUUUCUCAGGGGAAGCAAUCCGGGUGUUCCUUGAGAUGGUUGACGCGGAUUUCAGAGCGGAUGAAGUGACUAUGGUGAUAGUGCUUUCUGCUUGUGCUAAACUGGGAGAUUUAGAUUUGGGUAGGAGAAUUCACAGGUAUAUUGAUGAUAAUAACGUGAAUUCGGAUGUGUUUGUAGGGAAUGCGUUGGUGGACAUGUAUCUGAAGUGUGGGGAUGUCGAUUUUGCGUAUAAGGUGUUUGGAGAUAUGCCUGAAAGAAAUGUGGUUUCUUGGAAUUCUAUGAUCUUGGGACUAGUCCAGCAGGGAGAGUUCAAGGAGGCGUUGUCUGUGUUCCGACAGAUGCAAGGGAGAGGUGUCAAACCAGAUGAUGUUACUUUAGUCGGCGUUCUCAACUCCUGUUCUCAUAUAGGGGCGCUCGAAUUGGGUAAGUGGGUCCACAUCUAUAUUGAUAGGAAUCGCAUCAAGGCAGAUGGCUUCAUAGGAAAUGCAUUGGUAGAUAUGUAUGCGAAGUGUGGGAGCAUUGAUCAAGCCUUGGGAGUAUUUAAUGGCAUGAAAUGCAGAGAUGUCUACUCGUACACGGCUAUGAUAGUGGGGUUCGCUAUGCAUGGGAAAGGAGAGAGGGCAUUGGAUCUCUUCUGUGAGAUGUCCAAGGUUGGGAUAAAACCAGACGGGGUAACAUUCGUUGGUGUCCUGUCAGCGUGUAGCCAUGUGGGGUUAGUGGAUGAGGGCCGUCAGCAUUUUCAGGACAUGUCCAGAUUGUACAAUCUUAGGCCACAGAUUGAGCACUACGGAUGUAUGGUUGAUCUACUGGGUCGAAUAGGUCUAGUAGAAGAGGCGUAUGAGUUUAUUAGGACCAUGCCGAUUGAGCCAGAUGCCUUUGUUUGGGGAGCUUUGUUAGGGGCGUGCAGGAUCCAUGGAAGAGUUCAGCUGGGUGAAAGCAUUGCGAAACGACUCUUGGAAUUAGAGCCAGAGCGUGAUGGGGCAUAUGUACUAAUGUCAAACAUAUACGCAUCAGCCAACCGUUGGCGGGAUGCAGUAAAUGUGAGGAAGGUGAUGAAGAUGCAAAAGGUGAAGAAGACUCCUGGGUGCAGUAUGAUAGAACUGGACGGUGUGGUUCAUGAAUUCCGCAUGGGAGACAAGUCACACUCUAGAACGAGAGAGAUAUACCAGAUGUUGGAUGAGAUUGCUAGCCGUUUGAAAAAUGAGGGUUAUGUAGCGCAUACAAUGGAUGUAUUUCAGGAUGUGGCCGCCGAGGAGAAGGAACUUGCAUUGUGUCAGCAUAGCGAGAGGUUGGCAAUUGCCUUUGGAUUAAUCAGCACUAGCCCUGGGACACCAUUGCGGAUUGUGAAGAAUCUUCGUAUGUGUAGCGAUUGCCACUCUGUAACGAAGUUCAUCUCGAAGAUUUUCGGCAGAGAAAUAGUUGUAAGGGACCGCAAUCGCUUCCAUCAUUUUAGAGGAGGAUCAUGUUCAUGUGGAGAUUUUUGGUGAUGGUACAAGCUUCUUAUGAGUCCUGACUGGACAUAGCAUGGCAA